AUGAAAACAUCAAAUGAAAAAUUAGAUUCUUCAGAGGUAUUUUAAAAUCAGCGACGAUUAUUAUUUCUCCCUCCAUCAGUAAAGCAAGGAAAAGAAAGAGAAUGCAGGGUAGAAGACUUCCAAAGCAUUGCAACAAAACCUCUUGGACUAGGAGCUUUUGGGGAAGUCUUCAAAGUAAAACAUACAGCAUCAGGGAAAGAAUUCGCUAUAAAAGUAAUACCAAAAACCAGAGUGCUGCUGAGAGGAAUGCUUCAGCAGGUAAGAAGGGAGGUGAGGAUCAUGUAUUGUUUAAAUCAUCCAAAUAUAGUAAAAUUGUAUUCACAUUUUGAAGAUAACACAAAUUUUUAUUUGAUUUUGGAGCUAGCUGAAGGAGGGCAAUUAUUUACGAAAUUGAGGAAAAUGAAAAGUUUUGACGAACAGAGUGCAGCGCAGUAUUUGAGAGAAGUUGCUUUGGCUGUGCAGUAUUUACAUUCAAAAGAUCCUCCAAUUAUUCAUAGAGAUAUAAAACCUGAAAAUAUUUUAUUAGAUGCAGAAGGAAAUGCAAAAUUAGGAGAUUUCGGUUGGAGUAAUUUUUUUAAUGAAGAACGAUCAACUUAUUGUGGAACUCUAGAUUAUUUAGCACCCGAAAUGAUUGAAAGAAAAGGCCAUGGAAUUAAUUUAGAUUUGUGGAAUUUAGGAGUUCUCCUAUUCGAAAUGCUAGUCGGAAGAGCUCCUUUUCAGUCUAACACACAGGCUGAGCUAUUUGACAAAAUAAGAGCAGCAAAAAUUGGUUUCCCUAAAAAUUUUCCAUUAUUAGCAAAAGAUCUCGUAAAAAGACUGUUAAAUCCUAAUCCAGAUUUAAGAAUUACCAUCACAAAAUUAUUAGAACACCCUUGAAUGAAGCAACAUCCACCAAUUAGAAAUACAUGCGAAAUUGAAACAGAGAGAACUCCGCUGCCUACAAUUCCUGAUCAAGGAGAUGUAGAGUUUACUGAUGAAUGUGUAGUGAUUUCUGAACCACUCAGAAAUGAAAAAAUUAAAGCGAAUGUACUGAAGACGGAAAUAUGGACAACUGAUAGAGAAUUAGCUAAAAAGCAGCAAAUGUUAAGGUCACUUGAAGAAAAAGUCGAGCAUCUAAGGAAUAGAAAUAAUAGCUUGCAGAAUGAUUUAGAUAAGCUGAGGGCAGAGCAGAUUCAAAGCUUUACAUUAUUGAGAACUGUAGAAACUGCAAGAAAAAGCAAAGAAAAUAUAUUUUUAUUUAAUAUGAAUGCUAAAAUGCAUUUUUUUAUUUUAUUAAAUGAUGUUCAUAAUAAACAGGUGUAAGAAAACAGUGCAAGUAUGGCCUUGCAAUGAUAAAAGAGCACGAGAACGAUCAAAAAAAAAUUAUCAAACUUAAAGAAAAAUAUCAAAAGCAAUGUCAAGCAGCUGAAUUGAAAAUCAAAAACUCAGAGUUAAAUUUGAGAUACCUAAAAUCAGUUAAAUUUGUCCAUGAAAAAAGCGAAAUGUUUGAAGCAAUUAAGAAUGAUAUGACAGAGCUCAAUAAUGCAGUCAUUUUAUUCAAAAGAGGCCUGAAAUCAUCAAUUUAUCUUACUCCCUCCUCAGUGAGCGAACAAAAAAAUUUUGUUCGCUUAAGCUUAAUUUUUUUUUAAAAAAUUUAUAUAUAAAUUUUAUAGUAAUUUUUUUGAAAUUAAAAAAAUCCCAAUUCGAAAUAAUAGGAGAGCAAAUAUUAUUUAUUUGUAAAAUUUAUGUUUUAAAAUCGAAGCUGUUUAAAGUUAAACAGAAUUAGCUAGAGAUUUCAUUAUAAUAAUGUUAACUUAUAUAUCAAAAUUUUGGUUCUCUCAUGGAGAGUGACUUUUACCCCAAAAAAUAAGGAUUUUUCCAAUGGUUUUGUUCGCUCACGAAGGGUGAGAGUUAGGCAUUCUUCACAAUUAUUGCAGGAAUUAAGAGGGAGAGCUGAAACUAAGAGCAAAAUACAAAAGAUGAUCGAUAAGUUGAGGGAAAGUUAUGAAAAACGAGUCCAUUCUUUAAGAUGCUUGCAUUCAGAUUUGAAUGAUAUAACAAAUGUCCUUGACAUAAGAAAACUUGUUCUUAAUCUUGUGGCUCCGAAUUCAAUUUCAAAUUAA